UCCGGUUUAAACAUGUCUGCCUCCUGACCAAUGUCACAUUAUUAUCCUGCUCCAAAUGUAAAGCGAAUGAACUGAUUUAUAAUACCUUACCAACUUAUAACGUCAAACGAUAAGUUUGGGAAGGUUUUGUUCCUUCAUUCAGUAUCACCUGAGUAUUCAACAGCGAGCGUCAUGGUUUAUCUUUCAUCACUCCUACAGAAGUACCAUGGAGGUUAUGUUGUCAUCCGAUUGGCUCUCGCAGGCCACAAACAAGCUAACCGGCCCUUUUAUCGUAUCGUGGCAGCAUAUAACAAAAGGGCAAGAGAUGGAAAAUAUUUAGAACAACUGGGUACCUACGACCCUCUCCCUAACAUCUACAACGAGAAACUUGUCAGCUUCAACUACGACCGAAUCAAAUACUGGAUUGUCAGUGGCGCGCACCCCACUAAGCCAGUGGCCAAACUUCUAGGAUUGGCGGGAUUCUUCCCUUUGCACCCCAUGACGAUAACAAAUGCAGAGCGACGUAGAGCCGCCACAGCGCAGGAGGAAACUGCAAAAACAGUGGGAGAGACACAUGACCAGCCUGAAGUCUGAGCUGUGGACUUUGUGUGACUGUCAACAACACAAAAGCACAUCAGAUUUGCUUACAAAGACCACAAAUUCUUUUCCUUCCUAUUUUUUUACUUUUUUUUCCUGGAGGACUGCAUAUGGCAGUUUCAGAUGUUCCAUACCACACUUCUGGUUACUUCUUUUGUGUUUUAGCAAGGAAAACUGAUGUAGCUCAAAUGUUAGAUGACCACAGACGGCUGAAGCAAGUUCAACAUUUGAGCAUUGCAAGUUCAGGCCACCAGCACCAGUCAUUUUCAGACCCACCCAAAUCUCAGUCAGUUUCCUCAUUUGUCAUUUUCAUUUGUUUCCUUCCAUUGUGCAACUUUUUUUUUUUUUUUUUUGCAUGUGCACUCACGAAUCUUGAACGUCAGAAAUGUCAAACACAAACAUAUCAGAAAUGACUCGGUUUUUUGAUAAACUGGUUGGCAUGAUUUACUGUGAUUAUUUGUGGCUGGCCGGCACACGCUCCACCCUUACUUAGCUUGGGUGGAAUAUCAACAUUUGUAUUUACUGUCCAGGAGAUUUGUUCCAGCAGCUAAAAUUCAGAGCUUGUUGGGUUUAAAGCUGUAUAAUUUGUAACAAUGAUCACCAAAAUGCACAAUAAACCAAACCUACAGAAAUGCAUAUGUGAUUUUAACUCACCUAUUUAAAAAGAAAAACUUCAUUUUCAAGCAACCACUCCAGACUCUCUGAACUGGACGCAAUCUGUAAACAACAGACAAAGCUACACAGGCAGCUUUACAACCCCAAUUCCAGUGAAGUUGGGACGUUGUGUAAAAUGUAAAUAAAAACAGAAUAGUGAUUUACAUAUCCUCUUCAACCUAGAUUCAAUUGAAUACACCAUAAAG